AUGUCAAGUGUCUGCCCCGAUGGUCUAUUUCUUUCCUUUUACCUGAGUGUUCCUUACGCUAUUAAUCAAACUAUACCUCGUUCCCUUUGUCGCGGCAUCGACUUGUCGGACGUCUCCUCGAAAAUGGCUCCAAAGACGGAAAAUCACGAGAUCGAGAAUGUGGCAGGAGUUAACGAUGUCUUCGAGCCGCAAAAGAAUCAUACCGAUUAUACUCAGGUUGACAAGGAGAUUGCCAAGUACGCCACCGAUGGCGCUAUCGAGAUCGAUGAAGCCACCAAUAAACGGCUGAAGAAGAUGAUUGAUAAACGAGUCUUGGUGGUGAUGAUGUUCACAUACUUGCUGCAGACGCUGGAUAAAGGCGCGCUGUCAUUUGCUUCGAUUAUGGGGAUCAAGACCGAUGCCCAUCUGGUGGGUCAGCAGUAUUCAUGGUUGACUACCAUCGUCUAUAUUGCUAUCCUGGUUGUUGAAUAUCCCGAAAAUUGGAUCAUUCAGCGAGUUCCCAUUGGAAAGUGGCUUUCCAUCAAUAUUCUGUUGUGGGGAAUCUGCAUCUCACUCAUCGCUGCUAUGGACACCUUUGAAGGGCUGGCUACUCUGCGCGCUUUCAUGGGUGUCUUCGAGGCCGCUUGCCAGCCGACUUUUGUUGUGCUAUCGGCGACAUGGUACCGGAGAGAAGAGCAGGCCAGCACUAUCAACUUUUGGUUCAUGAUGAACGGUCUCCAAAAUAUCGUCGGUGGUCUUCUAGCCUUCGGGUUCUCAUUCGUGCCAUCCACAUCACCAAUCAAGUCAUGGCAGGCUCUCUUCAUGAGCUAUGGAAUCAUCACCGUGCUCUGGUCCAUUUUCGUCUUCUUCUGGCUCCCCGACUCAAUAAUGCGCGCCAAGUGCUGGUCUGAAGAGGACAAGCGAUUGAUGGUUGAGCGAGUGCGACAAAACCAGACUGGUUUACAGAACCGGAAUUUCAAAUGGGAUCAAGUUAAGGAAGCAUUUGCCGAUCCACAACUCUACGCAUUCGCUCUCAUCCAAUUGUUAACCACUAUUCCAUCCGGUGGAAUCGGCGCAUUUGCCAACAUCAUCGUCUCCUCCUUCGGAUUCAGCACAUGGGCAAGUCAGCUCCUGUUAAUGGUUGUCGGAGCGGUAACAGCCAUCACAAUGAUUACCUCCGCAUACCUAGACCGGUACUUCAAACAGACCAUCAUAAUCAUGAUGUUAGCGCUCGUCCCCUCAAUCCUCGGCACAUCAAUUCUUGUCGGAAUCCCAUUCUCCUCGAGCAAGAAAAUCGGCAUGCUAAUCGCGUACUUCAUCUUCUACUCUUUCUUCGCUGUGCAAUCGCUCUCCUUGAGUCUGAUGUCUCGCAAUGUGGCUGGUCAAACUAAGAAAUCUAUCGUCAUCGCUUGCAACUUUGUUUUCUGGGCUGGUGGAAAUGCUAUUGGGCCUCAGAUCUUCCGCGAUAAAGAUGCUCCGCGGUAUUUCCUUGCUUUUGCGAUUAUGCUCGGAUGCUUUGGGCUGUGUCUUAUUGUUCUUAUUUCAUUGCGCAUGUGGUAUAGUAUUCAGAACCGCAGGAGGGAUGCGAGGAUUGCUUCUGGGGAGGUUAUGCCUGACGUCCACUUCACGCAUGCUUUUGAGGAUAUUACCGAUCGGAAGAACCCUCACUUUAGAUAUACCUAUUGA